GGCUUUCGACGGAUCAGGUACACCACAAAAGAAUUCAACCAUUCAGACACUCCCACAAAAACAGAGGAACGACACACACCCGCGGGGCUGCGUGGUCCCUGGCGCGCAUGACCCCGCAUUGUGCCAUCGAGAGAGGCAGAGAGCCCUCGACGUCAAGUGUGCGACGUCCACACCAGACCACACCCGGAGGCAGACCGCACGGCCAAGCCUCACUAAUAAACGAGAACGUACAAGAUCGGCACGGGGGAGAGACGGAGGAGCAACGGUGCAGGCAGCGGCCGCAGGGUCGGUGGCUGCUGCGUGCGGGGAGAGCUGCGCGCGGAUUGAGUGUCCUAGACGCCAAUGUAAGCGCGCCGGCGGGCUUGCUCGACGGCAUCCUUCUCCGCCUCCUUCAUCGCGUUGCGAUAGAGGCAGCACGUCGCGCAGCAAAAGAGCGGGAGCGCGAUGAUGAUGGUGAUGAUCGUGACGAUGAGCGGGAUGUCUGCCGGGUCCUUUGUGCUGAGGAUGCCAUCGACGUUCAAGAAUUGGGAGUCGUCGAACCCGCUGCCGUCGUCGUCGUCGGAGGGAGGCGGCGACGACGGCGGGAAAGGUGGCGCCGGCGGCGCGGCGGGCUCCGUGCAGCACUGGUGGAAGCACUGCCAGGGCACACCGGGGCACGGGUCCUGGUGCGGGCAAACGUGCUUGCCGUCACGGCCGACCCAGCCGCAGUCGCACGGGCGGGUGAUCGCAAGGGUGCGUAGCCGUCCAGGAGCAGUCGCAGGUGAAGGGCUCGGACGCCGCUGCUACGCUGAGCGCGGAGAGGAAGGCAGCCAGCAG